AUCUCCAAUCCUUCUCUCCUUCGUUCAUUUCGACAGGGGCCGCAGUGAUGUGUCUGCUGUUUGGAGCCCAGUUCUCUCAUUUUUAUUAUGAUUCAUCCUCUCGUCCAUCUUCCUCCUCUCGUCCGUCUUCCUCCUCUCCAGAGGCUGUGAGGGUGCUUCGUGUCACAGAUCACUGCAGCAGACGGGACCGUUCCGCUGAUGGAGGAGGACAACUGGGGAAACUGAUGAGCCACAUGUGGAGAUACGGUAAAGAGCGGCUGUAAAGGAGAUUCACCAAGGUCAUGUUUGACUGGCCCAAUAUCACAGUGGUGCCGAGCCCAUCAGAUCAGGCCCAGAAACCAGGAGGUGGGGAGCUCCAGAGGUCUAAAUGUGUCCUGGGGUUCUUCCCUAUUGUGUACUACAGCGUCCUCCUCUGUGUGGGGGUACCAGUGAACAUCUUGACAGCAGUGGCUCUGUCUCGGCUGGCGGUGCGUACCAAGAAGGCUCUGUAUGUGUACCUGCUGGCUCUGACCGGCUCGGACAUCCUUUCCCAGCUCUUCAUCAUCUUUGUUGGCUUCCUGCUGGAGAGUGCCGUGUUCCACCGAGAGGUCCCCAUGCUCCUGCUGCACUCCAUCAGUGUGGCAGAGUUUGCCGCCAACCACGCCUCCAUCUGGUGCACCGUCCUGCUGACCGUGGACCGCUACGUGGCUCUGUGCCACCCCUUACUCCACCGCCAGAUCAGCUACCCGGCGUGGGCGCGCCGCAUCAUCACCGUGGUCUUUCUCCUGGCACUGCUGUCCGGCGUUCCGUUCUUCUGGUGGUCAGACUUGUGGCGCGUCGCCGACCCGCCCACCUCACUGGACUCCGCCCUCAUUUGGACACACGUCACCAUAAUCUACUUCCUGCCGUGCAGCAUCUUCCUGGUGCUGAACUCGCUGAUCGUCAUUCGGCUGCGGGAGCGCCAGAGGCAGGCCCCAUGCCAGGAGGAGUGCGGGGGAGGCGCGGCGCGCCACGCGCCACGGAGACAGCUGGGCAAGAGCACGGCCAUGCUGCUCGCCAUCACCUCAGUGUUCGCCGUCCUCUGGGCCCCCAGGACGGUGGUGGUGGUCUAUCACCUGUAUGUGUCCUCUGUCAACAGGGACUGGCGGGUCCACCUGGCCUACGACCUGUCCAACAUGCUGGCCAUGCUCAACACCGCCGUCAACUUCUUCCUCUACUGUUUCGUCAGCAAGCCGUUCAGAGCCGCUGUUCGGGAUGUCCUGCUCCUCCGCGGCGCUCAGCUGAACCACAGAAGGACACUCCGUCACCAGCACGCUCCUGCCAACACCUCCUUGUCCUCCCUGUCCAGCGGGAUGAACAAGCGCUCUCACCAAGACUCCACCAACCCCACCCCGCUGCCACCUCGGAGGGCCGUGGGGAUCGUGUCCCCCUGACCUUGACCCCUGACCUUGACUCUGGGAUGAGACUCCCUAAUUGUGACCAGUUACUCUGUCCAACAUCCUCUCCCCAGGUUUCAGAGGAGCCAUGCAUCGUCUUUGAUGCGUCCCCUCUUCCAUCCCUACAUUGGUCCCCUCCAUCUCCCAUUACGAUAUUCUCCUCGUCUUGGGUAACCACACCUGGUCUGGUGCUAGGCUGCUCCGUUUUCUCUUAUAAUGGAGAAAAAAACGUAUUCCGGUGAGUGUUCUCAUCAGACACACAAUUCAUGCCUUUGGGAAGGCGAGGAGUGCUAAAUCUUUGGCCGGCCAGUGUGCUCAUGAAACCCCUCUGAAACCCCUCAGGAACCUCCCCACCAUAGAGCACAUUCUCCUUCAUAGUUGAACAGACGUCGGAACUGUAGCCGUUUAAAGAUAGUGGCCGUCUAUCUGGAGAGACUAACGCUCUCCAAGCAGCCGGUUUUAACCCCCUGGCCCUGACAACCUUCCAAUCCAAACCAAACCUGUCCCUCACCACACGCCUCCCUUUUAGAAUCCCCCCGUCUCCCCAACCAGUUGACCUUGACCCUAAGACCCUUCUCAUCCAGACCAGCCUGUUCUCCUCCAUCCGUCCAUACAUCCCACGGUUCUGUUGAGCAACUAUGACCUGAAAACCACAGACAAUCACAGACAGUGUAUUGCCUCCAUGUGUGCCCUCUGACCACUCUCUGGGCCAGCCGUCAAUCAACCUCAGCUGAAAAUUCUCAGCCUUCUACCGAACUGAGCUGAUGUUGGACUCAAAACAAGCAGAAUGUUUUUUCUACUGAUUAAACUGUUAUUUAUUAUGUUCCUGUGUCCCAGCGGGAACCACAUAGAGACACACUAAGUAUUUAUUUUGCCUCGUGUAACAUUUGGCUUGUGUCAUGAAAGGCACUGGGUCAUACAUUUUGUCGUUGUCCGUUUAUGGUAACUGGUCCUACUUAUAUAACAUGAUAUUUGUUAGUUUCUUAAAAAAGGCAGGUUUUCUUGUUUUGCGUCUGGUCUUGCAGGUUGCAGGUGUGCUUGGUGCUUCGGUCGGCAAACACAGAACAGACAGACCUUUGAUGUGCGCCUGAACCCGUCCUCCAGCCAGCAACUGGAGGAACAGAGCUUCAUUACUGGCCUUCUGUUCUUCACCAGGAAACAGAUAGUUUGGUGUAAAUGAUUGCCUUUGGUGUACAAAGGCAAUCAUUUAUUUUCUUGAUAAUAAGCAAUGAAGGAGUCUGAUCUGGGAUAGCUACGCAGUAUGUAUAGCUGUGAUAGCUCAACGGUGCUGUACUGUAACACUCCACAUGCCUAUUGACCCAAAUGACAUCCGAUGAGCGGAGCGGCACAACCGAAACCAAUCAAGCAGGCAAUGGUAUUAAGUACUUAACUUCAACAGCCAUAGCGACGAGCAGUGCCACAGCUGUUCACUCUAGGAUUUAUUUUUUCAGGAAAAAGCAACGGGACAGAGGUUAAAAUGAAGUGCUCUGUGACUGCCUAAAAGCCAUGGGGGAAAGGCUCCGUUCUGCAAACACAUUCCCCCCACUUUGGACUUUAGCCCAGCUUGUUAAACAAACCUAACCUCAGACUGACAGACGACACAGACUCACAGACUCACAGACAGACAGAGAGAGAGACAGACAGACAGAGAGACAGAGAGACAGACAGACAGAGAGACAGACAGACAUGUCCGUAUAUUUCCAUUUGAUCCAGGACAAAAAACAAAUUCAAAUGGCAAUUUGUUAAAUUUGAUAUUUUAGCAAUAAGGCAUUAUAACCUGUGGUUUACUGUCAUUAACUCAAGACUAAAGGGAGCUCAAUAAGCAAUAAGCCAGUGUUUAUGUCGAGAUUGGGGCUUCAAACUAGGAGUCACACAUACUAUGGAAAGUGCCAUUUGUUUGUAUAAUAAGUCAGAUUAACCCCCAGGAUUUAAUAACCAGGUUUACAGUGAUCUGUUUGUCUAAUAAGUAAGACUAACCCCCAGGGUUUAAUAACCAGGUUUACACUGAUCUGUUUGUCUAAUAAGUCAGACUAACCCCCAGGGUUUAAUAACCAGGUUUACACUGAUCUGUUUGUCUAAUAAGUCAGACUAACCCCCAGAGUUUAAUAACCAGGUUUACACUGAUCUGUUUGUCUAAUAAGUCAGACUAACCCCCAGAGUUUAAUAACCAGGUUUACACUUUGAUCUAGAAUUUAUCAAUAUAUCAUGUAACGCCCCCUUAUCAAUAAGUCGACCAUUUCCUUUUCAAUAUAUACUUUCUGUCUCCCCGUAGUCAUGUAUAGAGUAGUUCAGUUUGUGCCACCAGGAACAGACAGGAAGAGAAUGAUUUAUUUUUGCUGAUUAUCUCCUUUGUCUUACAUUGACAGUGAACUGAUUGCUGGUUUCCAUUGUUUUUAUCAACCUAAAGAAACCGAACUAAGCAGAAAGUGACAAGGGGUUGUUGUAAAUGACAAAUAUACUUUGGUUAAGGGCCAUUCUCAAGCACAAUGCAACGCAGAGUGCCAGGAUACAUCCCUUAGCCUUGGUACUGAAUAUUGACCGUCACCACAAACCUUAAGAUGCCUUAUUGCUAUUAUAAACUGAUUGUAAAUGUAAAGUUUUUUAAAUGGCAGCGUUAACGCAUCAUUCAGCAACCACAGUUUGAUUUCCUGCUGCUUGGGGUUUGGAGACAACCGUGGGUUUGUAUGGUCAGCUGUGGGUUUAAUCCACAUAGCUCUGCAGAUGCUUGAGUUGUCAUUACAUGAGCACAAGACCAACCAAAUACCACUGUCUAGAAGCAUCUCAGAGCCCAACAUUCAGCUAAUGUGAAUGUAGUUGUUUGAUACAGUAUACUACAGUUGUUCCAUUUAUGGAAAUCUAAUAUAUGGCCAUAUACAUCAAAAGACUUAAGUAUAUUUUAAAAAACAUGAUCAUAUAUGUUAAUUACAUAUUUAAAUCUGACAUAUAUAAAAAUGUACAUAUGCGUUGAUCUAACCAAAUACGCUAACAUAUACGCUCAUAUAAGACAUAUAAGUUACAUACAUAUAUUGCCGUAUAUUACUUUUCCAUAGUCAGUUAAUGUGAAUGUAGUUGUUUGAAAUGUACUGUGUGCGUAAAGGUUUCAUGCCAAGAUUAGAGGAGCACAGAAAGUAAUUUGUGUCCCACCAGCUUAUCUUGUCUCCAUGCGGUCACACGUCUCUGCCUGAUAAACACUAAGGUACCGUGUGGCGUUGCUUAGAGGCUCCCCCUCCGAGCACAGCCGGGAGUCCUUCCAUCCACAAUGACUUCUGAGAGGCCCCCUGUGUGUUGGUCCAGUGACCGGCUUGGGGAGGGGCCCCGGUGUCAGAUAAGAAUGUCAACUCAUGCGGAUUGGACGUCCACCCCCCCCCCAACCCCCCGUUGCCCUGGUGACCAUGUCUCUGUGUGUCCGUCCGUCAAUAGCUUGAAGAGGGCGGGGUCUGACAACACAGACGCUACCCAGCGUGUCUUUGUCGACGCCCCCCCCCCCCCCCCCCUAAAUCCAACUGACUCCGCGAGGGGAAGGGGAGCGGGUAACCGUGGCAACCCCAGAGGGUGAAAACAGCAGGCAUCAUGAUGGCUCAUGGGAGAGGCUGAUUUAGAUACUAACGUGUGAUUAUGAUGUCAAGGCAGUCCCUGAUUAUGAUUGACCUGGGAACAGGUGUUGAUUACAGUUCUCAGGGACCCAACAGCUUGUUUGGGAUUUGAAUUUGAAUCUCAAUAUUAGCCAAGCUGAAAAAAAAUGUGGGAAUUAAUUGACAAAUAUGCAAAGUAAGUCUACUGCAGGACAGUCAAUUACACUGAAUGCUCAUUGAAAUCACCGGGGAUUUGAAUUACAAGUAACCUCAAGCUAAGAAUGAUGUUCACCUGCUACUGUUCCGACUGCUUUUAAAUGAUUGUUGUGGAGAACUGUGAAAGAAAGGAAAGUACCUUCAAUACGCAUGUUGUUCUGAUCUUGCAUGUUGCCUCAUUGUCUCUGUUGUUGAGUGGUUUCAUGAUCUAUGUUCACGUAAUGUGUUUAGAUUAUCUUUGCUUUCCCUAAACUCUUCCCACCUCUUCUGUUUGGCUGUCUUAUCCAGUCUUAUGGUCUUCUUGCACAAACAGAUCUGGAACCAGGCCAGCCUUUCCCCCAUCACAGCACUCCAGUGCACAGGUGCUGCAGAGAAUUACCCUGUCCUUUCCUUAAAGGGAAUCAACAGCCAAUAUCUACAUAUUAUCUAAGUUCAUAAAUAGCUUGAAGUGAUGGUUGGACUGUGUCUCUAUGAAACCAACUGUCUCACUCAUGGACGAGCUAGCAGGAGGGUUACAUUGCUCUCCCCCACUUAUGCGAUUUGAUAGAACUUUGUAAAAUAACAAUUAUCUAGGUGGAAAACAACUGUUCUGUCACAGUUCAAUGUUCUAUGGGGGAACAUUUGUUUUCCUUUAGAUUAUUUUUAUUUCUAACAAAUCGCUUUUGUGACAGUAGCCGCUUAGACCAGGCCAUGAAAUGAAUCCUCAAUAGAUAAGAUUUUUCAUUAAUUUGUUCAGUUUUAAUACAUCACAGACUAUCAGCAACGUUUGUUAAAUUAUAACUUUAAUUGAUUUGUGUACUUAGACUUAAAUCUUAGAUAUUUGUAUUUAUUCCUUUUUAAGCACUGAUA